UCUAAUAUCCGAAUCAGAAAUUAUACGUGUCCACUGGUUAUUUUCAUCUUAUUAUUAUAAUAACACAAAAUUUUCGGAUAAAGUAUCAAUCAAUAAUACAACCUUCUGGAUAAAAACAUAAAAACAACCUGUUACAUGUAUAUACAACUUUUAAUGUUUUAAAUAGGGCAUAAAUGGAAAAUGUGAUGUCUUCGUUUCAAUUAAUCUUCGUCUUAUUACAUUUAUUAGAGGAAAUCUGCGCUAACAAUUUACAACUUCAGCUCUUUGAACCAACCAUCAUCGCAAAUCCAUUUAAUGAAGUUAAAUACGUUCUACAAAAAACUGACGAUGAUGCUGCUUUCUUGAUAGAGACAAUACCUGCUAAAGAGCCAUGUAAAAAAAGUGGUAAUUUUCGUUUUUACGAAGGAAGCGGUAACAACGGAAUACUUCGUUUUGAGCAUGGAUGCAUGGCUGAAGUGAAGACAUGGGUGGCUGACAGCAACACUGUUUCUAUUGAUGUAAACAAACCAGCAUUUUCUGUUUGGACACUUUUAGCCAAAGAUCAAUCUCAAGGUGCAUGUUUAGGUGAUCCUGUGAAUUUAUUAGCUGAACGAAGAGAAAAGUUCAUCACCACUGCUACUUUUCCAAGGCGAUACCCUGCACAGGUUAAUUGCACGUGGAGAAUAACAUCACCAAAUCACAGAAAUAUAGCACUGACCGUUUAUUAUCUGGAUGUAGAAGUAGGUCCUGAGUGGAAUUGCGUUUUUGAUUAUAUUAGAAUUCAAUCAGAUAAUAACGAGGACUAUUUAUGUGGUGAGAAUAUAUGGGAAAAAGAAACGUUUUAUGGCGAUCAUUUUCAUGUGGAUUUUAUAAGUGACAAAAGUGGAGUAAGAAAUGGAUUUUUGAUAGGUUUUCGUGAACUGAAUAUUAUACACGACGAUUUAUAACAAAAAUAAAAAAGUAGCAUAUCU